CCCUCUCGCUCUCUCGCCCUUCAGUCCUCAUCCCUCCGUCCGCGGUUAUUCACCGAUGCGUGUGUAGGCAAACAUGGACUUGCUGGUGCUUCUUUUCAUCCUUCUUUUGCGUCUCGGCCCCUGGUGGACAGCUGCUGUCGAGGACAUGAGCUGGACCUACACGGGCCUGGUGGGUCAGUCUCAAUGGUCGGAACAUUUCCCAGAGUGCGGCGGCAGCUCGCAGUCUCCCGUGGACGUUGUGACCACGCAGACCAAAUACGACCCCGGCCUGUCCCCGCUGACCCCGCUGGGCUACAGCCAGCACGGCAACAGACCCUUCAGCCUGUACAACAACGGACACACAGCUGUGGUUGAGCUGCCGGACUGGAUGAGCCUGGGUGGUCUGCCCUGGCUCUUCUCCGCCGUGCAAAUGCACCUCCACUGGGGCAGCGGCGGCCCAAAUUACGGCGGCAGUGAACACACCAUCAACGGCCAAAGUGCUGAGGCGGAGCUGCAUGUGGUGCACUACAAUUCUGAACUCUACCCCAACAUGACCGCCGCCAUGACGCAGAAGGACGGCCUCGCCGUCCUGGGAGUCCUGAUCGUGACGGGCGAAGAGACCAACCCGGCGUUUAACAACAUCAUCAACUACCUGAGCCGCGUCAGACACGCGAACCAGAAAGUCUUCAUACCGGCGUUCGACGUGCAGUCACUGCUCCCCAAGGAUCUGGAGCGCUACUACCGCUAUAACGGAUCCCUGACCACGCCGCCCUGCUUCCAGAGCGUGAUCUGGACGCUGUUCCACGAGAGGGUUCAGAUCUCCAAAGCCCAGCUGCUGAAGAUGGAAACCAUGCUGUACUCCAGUGAAGCCGAGGAUGCUGACCGGAUGCUGCUGCAGGACAACUACCGCGCCACCCAGCCGCUCAACCACAGGGCCGUCUUCGCUUCCUUCGCUGCAGAGUCAGGGAAGGAGCUCUCGUCUGGUGAGGUGACGGCUAUUGUUAUAGGAGUGAUGUGUGGCUGCGUGGGCCUGGCGGUCAUCGUUCGAUUCCUGGUCAAGACCAUACGAUUUUUUUCUUUCCUCCGCCACGAAAGAGCUGCGGUAAACAGCUCCACGUCUAGCUGGGACGUCCUUACGGCAGCACCGAUGCAAAGGAUGAAGGAGCCGGAGAAGGCGAAGGAGAAACCACAAGAGAUGGCUCUCAACUGCACUUCCCAAGCGGAGACGAGAGACGAGCGACCGUCCCCCCCAAAAAACACACCUGUGACACACCUGGUCAGGACACUCUUGAGGACAAAAACAGGACAGGAAAAUCCAAUGUUGUAUUUAAAAAAAAAAGUGCAGACGGGGAAGAGAAGAAUGAGGAUAAAGUCAUGGCCACUUGAAAUCCGCUUUUGCACGCCAAGCACUUGGAAAUGUCACUGAGUGUCUGAGAGAUGCAUGAAUUAUUGGUGUAAAUACUCUGUACAGCUUUGGUUUCCUUCCUAAUUCGCAUGUUUUUCAUCGUUUCCAUCCUGCCUCGCCGCACAAAAGCAACACAGCACUGAAUGAAAUGUAAAAUAUGUGUCAUUGUUUGAUUUCCCAAAGGGAUUUGAGCCCUGGAGCACACACAGACUGGGUCAACUUAGCCUCCGCAAACAGGGUUGGGGCGAUACCGCGCAGUCUGGCACCGAGCCGAUACCAAGAAAGGUCAGGGCCAGUCUUGCCGAUACCAAUACGGCUAUGGUUUUACCUUGCACAUGCAGGGUUUGUUGGUAAUCGGCUCCAAAAAGUCUGACCAAGACCAAAUUAUCACAAUCAGAAUCAGAAAUACUUUCAUAAUCUCCAAGGGGAAUUAAGAUUUCUAGCACAAUCCCAUUCAAGAUCAGACAAACAUUACAGGGAGACAGAACCGGAUCGCUGACGGGUCUGCCAACUUUA